AUGGUCCUCCGUCCUCGGCUUGGCUCCCGCUUCCUCUGGGGCCAGAGAGGCCUGGCCUCCGUGGGCCAGUCCCUCCUCCUGGCCUCCGUGGGCCAGUCCCUCCUCCUGGCCUCCGUGGGCCAGUCCCUCCUCCUGGCCUCCGUGGGCCAGUCCCUCCUCCUGGCCGCGCGUGCGCUGGCGGUGUCCCUGCGGGCGGCUCGGUCAGCACCGGGCAGGUUCCGAUGGAAGGAUGUUUGGCCCCCUCCCCUCUGCUCUCGCUCGCCCUCCUGCCCUCUGCCAAGAGACGAUGCGGGUGGCCAGACGGGGGGCCCUCGACGUGGACUGUCCGGGCCCCAGAACUGUGAGAACCACGAUUCCUGCUCUUCACUAAGUGCGAGGCUCAGGUGCAAUGCCUCUGCCCUGGCCAGGGAAGCCUCCGUUCUAAGACUCGGCCCCGCCCUACGAGCUCCAUCAAGCCGCACCCUCCACUUGCAAAAAGAGAAAGCUCACUCCCGCUCCGAGUGCUGGAACGAUCGCCAAGGCGGAGCAGGAGGUCGUGCCGGCUCCCGCCGAUUGACCGGAGGCGCAGAACCGGGCGCCGGACGUGACAAUACGCACCGCGGGCAGUGCGGCCUCUGGCCUCACGUCCGAGUCUCCCUGGGUCCGAGUCACAGGCUGCCGGCGAUGGACCCCGCGGCCGAGCUUCCGGAAACUCUAUGCAGUCCCUCUCCUCCGGGGGGCGGGGCCUGCCGGUGCUUCCGCGUGCGUCAUCAGGAGGCGCCCGCCGGGGGAAGCUCACCAUUGGACCGCGGGGGCCGAGGCAUGCUGGGAUACCGCGGGCCGGUUUCCAUAGCGACGGGCGGACCGUCUCCGCAGGCCUUCCCCGCGGGGAAGGCCGCUCGUGGGUUUCCGGCUGAGCAGCGGGCCGCCCUCCGCCCGCCGUCACCUCCCCGUGGUGUGCAGGGGGAGAGCCCGCCCCCGCCCCCAGCUCGGGAGAGUAACGGAGCCAGCCGUGGUGUGAACACGCGUUUAUUUACACUUCCCGCCUCCCGCGCCCUCAGGGGCGGAGGCCAGGGGGAACCUAGGGGAACUGGAUUCUAACUCGUUUUUUCCUUAAUAAAAAAAAGCGCAUUUCGCCGGGUCCUCG